GUUGAUAUCUAAAAAAUCCGGGAGAGCGUGGAUGCAUCAGAGUCUAACCGCAUGUCUAACUGUGGAUUUACACUCUAAAAAAACAAUACAAAAUAAUAGAUUAUAUUCCAACAUUUUGAUAGCUCAUACCAAAUAACAACUGUUUAUUAAUCCAAAUCAACAAAAAAAAAAAAAAAAAAUGGCAGCAAAUACACAAGAUGAUGAAUUAAAAAAAGCAUUCGCCGAAUUACAAGGAAAAGUUGUUGACACAUCACAAAAAGUACGUCUUGCUGAUAUACAAAUUGAUGGUUACAAACGUACAAAACAACGUGCUGAAUUAACAAUUAAAGAAAUAAGUGGUUUAAAUACAAAUAACAAAACAUAUGAAUUGGUCGGUAGAAUGUUUAUGCUGGAUGACAUAACCAGUAUUAAAAAUGGCUUGGAAACAAAAAUGAAAACUGCUGAAGAAAAAAUAACAGCAUUGGAAAAUAAUAAAGCUUAUCUUGAACGUAAUUUAAAAGAGAGUAAAAAUAAUAUCAGAGAAAUGGUUAAUCAACGACAAAAUAAUGUUAAAACAAGCUAAUUAAAUCAUCAAUAAUUUUUUGAUCUGUCAACUGUUACCAUAAAAGGACAGACAAACAGUCAGACAAAAUUCUUGAUCAUUUACAUUUUCACAUUAUUUUGUCUUUCAAAUAACAACAAUAAAUCAUUAUCAUAAUAAUAAAUGUAAUGUUUUUUUUUUUUAAAUUUAAUUUAACAAUAAUUAUUCAGUUAUAAUAAAAUUUAAAAAAAUCAUUUUGUCCUUUUUUUUCAUUACAUAUAAUAAUAUCUUUAAUAAAUAUCUUCAAAAAAACAUCCACAGAGCAAAGAGAAAAUGUAUUUAUUCAUUUUUGUAUAUAAAAAAUAAAUAAAUAAAUCUUACAUAAGUUUUUUUUUUGUUAAUAGAAAAUAAACAAAGAUAAAAAGGUGAAGAAUGUGUAUGAUUGUUAAUGCAGUUUUAAAAAUAUGACAAUUUUUAGUCAGUACACAAAACUGGCUGUAAAUUAUUGAUAAUACACAAAAAAAAAAUAACGAAAAACUAAUCAAAUUGAGCACAUUAAUUUUACAAAUUUUUACUUAUUUAAUAUAUUUUAGUGAUUCAUCAACUACUCCAUUAGAUUUUUGUUAAUUAUAUUUGUAAAAAUGAUAAAUAAAUUGAAGUUUUAAACUUCUAUUAUCAAAUGCUAAUAAAAUUCAUCAAAUAACAGUCAAUUUUAUUUUAUAUUUAUUUAAUUUGUUUUUAUUGUAUAAAAUCAUUAUUAUCAGCUCAAUGAAAAAUUAAAGAAAGAAAAAUUAAAGUAAUUGUACUUUUAUGCAUCGAACAUUUAAUCUAUUUGCUGCAAUAGAUGAAAAAAAAAAAAAUAUAUAAAUCAAAUAAAUUAUACGAACAAUGCAUUUUGAAUUACCUAUAAUUCUUGCAUCAAAUUAAAUGCAUAUUUUUUUUUUGUUAAAUAAAUUUAUCUUCUUAAUAAUAAUGGUCAACUAAGCGUUAUUGAUUUCAUCUGAUUACAAUAAAUUGUCGUUAUCAAAUAAAAAAGAUAAGGACCAUAUUGGAUUUUUUUUUUUUUCAAAUGUCGACAUGCUUUAAAUACAAAAUGUUUUUUUUUUUUUUGUUUUUUAUAUGGUACGCCAAAUGUACAGAUAAUAAAUACAGAGAAGUGUAAUUUUUUUUUUUUUUUAUUGUUACGUAUUAUUACGUGUAUCAAUUUUUAUCAUUUUUUUUUUUUUGUUUUAAAUCUUAGGUUUUUAAAAGUGAAAAAUCAACUAAUCUAAUGUGAUUCUCACGAAAAAAAUAAUAUUACAAAUCGCACAAAAGAAAAAUCAUUCGUUCAUCUUAUAUUCAAUUAAAAAAUAAUCAUAAAAAAAGAAAAAAAAAAAACUUUUUAAUUUUGUCAAGAGUUUUGUUUAUGACACAUACACUUAUUAAUUUUCUGAAUAUAUUUUUCAGAGUCAUCAUUUUUUUUUUUAAUUGAAAAU